GGUUGGGGCUGCAGGCAUGCUCCGCUGGGCUCGCGCUUGGAGGCUCCCCCCUGGGACGCUCACCUCCUCCAAUCCCAGCUUCUUCAGGGUGCCUGUCGCACCCGGCGGCGGCGGCGGCGGCGGCCGAGGGGACGCCGAACCCAGACCGCUGCCGCUUUCCUACAAGCUUCUGGACGGGGAAGCGGCCCUCCCGCCCAUCGUCUUUCUGCACGGGCUCUUCGGCAGCAAAACCAACUUCAAAUCCAUCGCCAAGGCCUUGGCCCAGCAGACAGGCCGGAGGGUGCUGACAGUGGAUGCUCGGAACCAUGGCGACAGCCCCCACAGCCCAAACAUGAGCUAUGAGGCCAUGAGCCAGGACCUGCAGGGCCUUCUGCCCCAGCUGGGCCUGGUGCCCUGCGUCCUUGUUGGCCACAGCAUGGGAGGAAAGACAGCCAUGCUGCUGGCACUACAGAGGCCAGAGUUGGUGGAACGUCUCAUUGCUGUGGACAUUAGCCCAGUGGAGAGCAUGUUUGUCUCACACUUUGGAAUCUAUGUGGCAGCUAUGAAGGCCGUAAACAUCCCAGAUGAGGCACCUCGUUCCCAUGCCCGAAAACUGGCCGAUGAGCAGCUCAGCACUGUUGUCCAGAACAUGGCCGUGCGGCAGUACCUGCUCACCAACCUGGUGGAGGUAGAUGGGCGCUUCGUGUGGAAGUUGAACUUGGACGCCUUAGCCCAACACAUGGACAAGAUCUUAGCCUUUCCAGCACGACAAGAAUCUUACCCCCGGCCAACCCUCUUCCUCCUAGGUGGAAACUCCCAGUUUGUGCAGCCCAGCCACCACCCUGAGAUUAGACGGCUCUUCCCUCGGGCCCAGAUGCAGACUAUACCUAAUGCUGGCCACUGGGUCCAUGCUGACCAGCCACAGGACUUCAUUGCGGCCAUCCGAGGCUUCCUGGUUUAAGAGUUGCUGGCAAGAGGGGGCACAAACCCUCAGGUUUCAAGACACUCCAGCCUGUUCCACAUUUCUGCACAGAAGGACUGAAGUGGACACUGAGAGGGCACGAGGUUACAGAGGUGUCAGGCUUCCAGCUUUUUUUAUUUUUUUAUUUUUUUUUCAAGCUUUAAUGAAUAAAGACAGUGUUCCCAAA